AUGAAGUCUACUUUGAAGCUCCUCCUUAUGCUCCUGUCCAUUUUCAUGGUACAGGGGGCACUGGCUGCUGCUGCUGCUGUUGACCCACGGGGUGAAGUCACUUGCCCAUACGCUCAGAAAUGCGACACCAAAUGCUGUCAGCCUGACGAGAAAUGCCAGUAUGGCCAAUGCACUAAGAUUAACACCUGUCCGACAGCCCAGAAGUGUGGAGAUGCCUGUUGCACUACAUCUGAGACAUGCGAAUAUGGUCAGUGCAAGACGAAGCCCGUCUGCUCCGUCGAGAAGACCUGUGGCAAGGCCUGCUGCAAGGAUGAUGAGACUUGCGAGUAUGGGCAGUGCAAGAAGAAGCCUACCUGCUCUGUCGAAAAGACCUGCGGCAAAGCUUGUUGCAAGGAUGACGAGACAUGCGAGUACGGCCAAUGCAAGAAGAAGCCCGUUUGUGCCGUCGAGAAGACUUGUGGCAAGGCCUGUUGCAAGGAGGACGAGACAUGUGAAUACGGCCAGUGCAAGAAGAAGCCUACUUGCUCUGUCGAGAAGACUUGUGGCAAGGCUUGUUGCAAGGACGACGAGAAGUGCGAGUACGGCCAAUGCAACAAGAUCCCUGUGUGUCCUGUCGAAAAGACCUGCGGCAAGGCUUGCUGUAAAUCCGACGAGAAGUGCGAGUACGGCCAAUGUACUAAGAUUCCCGUAUGCCCUGUCGAGAAGACCUGCGGAAAGGCCUGCUGUAAGGCGGAUGAAAAGUGCGAGUACGGAGCAUGCCAAAAGAUUCCCGUGUGCCCUGUCGAGAAGACGUGCGGUAAAGCCUGCUGCAAAUCCGAUGAGAAGUGCGAAUAUGGGGAAUGCAAGAAGAUUCCUGUAUGCCCCGUCGAGAAGACAUGUGGCAAGGCUUGCUGCAAGGCCGACGAGAAGUGCGAGUACGGUGAAUGCAAGAAGAUCCCCGUAUGUCCUGUAGAGAAGACCUGUGGAAAGGCUUGUUGCAAGGCCGACGAGAAGUGCGAAUACGGCGAAUGCAAGAAGAUCCCCGUAUGUCCUGUAGAGAAGACCUGCGGAAAGGCUUGCUGCAAAUCAGACGAGAAGUGCGAAUAUGGCGAGUGCAAGAAGAUUCCGGUCUGUCCUGUCGAGAAGACAUGCGGGAAGGCUUGCUGCAAGGCCGAUGAGAAGUGCGAAUAUGGCGAGUGCAAAAAGAUCCCCGUCUGUCCCGUCGAGAAGACAUGCGGAAAGGCCUGCUGCAAGGCGGACGAGAAGUGUGAGUACGGCGAAUGCAAGAAGAUCCCGGUCUGCCCAGUAGAGAAGACGUGCGGCAAGGCCUGCUGCAAAGCCGACGAGAAAUGCGAAUACGGCGAGUGCAAGAAGAUUCCCGUGUGCCCAGCCGACAAGACCUGUGGAAAGGCUUGUUGUAAGUCCGACGAAAAGUGCGAAUACGGCGAGUGCAAGAAGAUCCCCGUGUGCCCCGUGGAGAAGACGUGCGGCAAGGCCUGCUGCAAAUCGGACGAAAAGUGCGAAUACGGCGCCUGCACGAAGAUUCCCGUCUGCCCGGCCGACAAGACCUGUGGCAAGGCCUGUUGCAAGUCUGACGAAAAAUGCGACUACGGCGUCUGCACGAAGAUUCCCGUCUGCCCUACUGACAAGACCUGCGGCAAAGCCUGCUGUAAGUCGGACGAGAAGUGUGAAUAUGGCACUUGCACGAAGAUUCCGGUAUGCGCAGCCGACAAGACCUGCGGAAAGGCCUGUUGCAAGGCCGACGAGAAGUGUGAGUAUGGUGUCUGUAAGAAGAUUCCUACUUGCCCUACCGAGAAGACUUGCGGCAAAGCCUGUUGCAAGGCCGACGAGAAGUGUGAGUAUGGUGUCUGCAAGAAGAUUCCUACUUGCCCUGCCGAAAAGACCUGCGGAAAGGCUUGCUGUAAAUCCGACGAGAAGUGCGAGUAUGGCAUCUGCAAGAAGAUCCCCGUCUGUCCCGUCGAGAAGACGUGCGGCAAGGCCUGCUGCAAAUCCGACGAGAAAUGCGAGUACGGCCAGUGUAAGAAGAUUCCUACUUGCCCUGCCGAAAAGACCUGCGGAAAGGCCUGCUGCAAAUCCGACGAGAAAUGCGAGUACGGCCAGUGCAAGAAGAUCCCUACUUGCCCUGCCGAAAAGACAUGCGGCAAAGCCUGCUGUAAGUCGGACGAGAAGUGCGAGUAUGGCGUCUGUAAGAAGAUCCCCGUCUGUCCCGCCGACAAGACCUGUGGAAAGGCCUGCUGCAAAGCCGACGAGAAGUGCGCGUACGGCCAGUGUCAGAAGAUCCCGACCUGUCCCGCCGAGAAGACGUGUGGCAAGAACUGCUGCAAGAAGGGCGAGGAGUGCAAGUACGGCCAGUGCAAGAAGAUCCCGACGUGCCCGCGAUACAAGAUCCAGUGCGGCCGGGACUGCUGCGACCACAACGAGCGGUGCGAGUACGGCGUCUGCAAGAAGAAGGUCACGUGCCCGCGGUGGAAGAUCAAGUGCGGCGACCAGUGCGUGAACAAGUGGACGGACGAGAAGAACUGCGGCAAGUGCGGCAAGCAUUGCAAGACGGGCUGGACGUGCAAGAACGGCAAAUGCGUUCCCCCCACCUGUCCCUAUGGCCUGACGCGGUGCGGAUGGGACUGCGCCAACCUCAAGUGGGAUGACGGCAACUGCGGCAAGUGCAACAACAAGUGUCGCUACGGCGAGGCCUGCAGGAACGGCCAGUGCAAGAAGAAGAACCACUACUGA